CCCGCUCAAGGCGGUACUCUUCACGCAUCUGUCUUUGAAGAAGGUCCAAAAUGAUGGGAUAUUUCUUCCUAUGACGCAAAUAUACGAAAAUGAAUUGCACCGGGGACCCCUUGUACGCUUCGUGAUACAGGGUACCGCCCCUGUAUCAAAAUCCCGGAUAAGCUUUAUAUCAGGUCGCGGGGCAUUCGGCCACACAUUCGGCCGUUUGGCUGAUCCAACGUCCGCUCCUCUCGACGUUAAUCAAUGCAGCCUAACUCUGCGUCCGUCCGUCUUUUCCCUAGGCUCCAGAAGCACAGCAGUACCCAUUUCCGGCUUGGGACAGCUCCCGGAGCCUCUCGGGAGCAAGCGCGAGUCUUCCGCCCAGCAGGAUGAGCUCUGACAGCUUCUGUGGCUUAGAUGUUAAUCGUCCCGUUUCUUAACGUCCCUCGAGCUCCAUGACCGCGACCAGUAUCCCUCCAGCUCGAAUACGCAGCCAUCGGAGCGAUGUCUCUCAGCGCGGCCGCUGGGCCAGAAGCCGAGAAGGAUCGCGCGUCGCCGCUGCUCCUCUCGAAAACGUGCCAGAACUGCUUCUCGUUGAAGAUACGAUGCGAUCGCACUCAGCGGACAGACAUAUGUGAUAGGUGUGCGCGGUUAGGAAAGCAAUGCGUCUUCAGACCAGCCCGGCGGCGCGACAACUCGGCCAAGCGGGACUCGCGCAUCCAAGCACUCGAAGCGCAGGUACAGAACCUCCUCCGAACCCAAAACCCCGCCCAUGCCACGCAACAACCUCUGCCCGAAGGCAUCCCGAUCCCCACUGCGACCGCUCCCUCCGUAACUUCUAGCGCUCCCUCCGAUGGCGACAUUAUCGAUGAAGACCUCGUCACGACUGAGAGGGCGGAUACACUGGUGGAUAUGUACAGGACGGAGAUGAUGCCUCAUUUCCCCUUUAUAAUCAUCCCGCCGAAAGUUACGGGCGCAACUUUACGGCACGGGAAACCGUUCCUAUUCCUCGCAAUUCUGUCGGUUGCAAGCUUCCAUGAUCUCCCGACGCAAGAAAAGCUGGGCAAUCGGUUCAAACACAUGGUGACUGAGAAGGUCUUAUAUGGCGGGGACGACUGCUUGAAGUUGGAAUACCUCCAAGGGUUAAUGAUCGUUCUGGCAUGGAAUCAGUACCAUGGCCGGUCAAAGUAUUACUCGCAGUAUCUCCAGCUCGCGGUGUCAAUAGCAGUGGAUAUGCGGCUAGACCGCAAGCCCAUUCGGAGUAAAGAAAAGAGCUACGGAAACAAGCGCGACCCUCUUGUGGCCGGCAGUCCAGGAACCCAAACCUGGGGUCCAGAGGAACAGAGGGCCGCAGCAGGCAUUUUUUACAUUUCCUCAACAAUAUCUAAACUCUUGGACAAGAUGAACACAUUUCCCUGCACGCAUUGCAUAGAAGAGGGAUGCUUAGCGUUAGGGCAAAAGGCAGAAUACCGUACCGACAAAGAUCUCUAUCACGUGAUUCGGCUUCAGCGGAUCAUCGAAAAUAUAGAACAUAUCGCAACCCAAUCGGGCUCCGAAGCUGAUGCGCAAGCCGCAUACCUACGCGUACGAGCGGAACUCGAGGAGUUCAGAGCGUUCCUAUGCUCCGACGUCAGCGACAGCCAUCUUCUCUUCAUGCAAUUCCACACUGCAAAGCUCUUCCUCUAUCAAGUCGCCUUCUUCGAGCGCAACCUCCAACAAUCCCCCGCCCUCCACCUCAACAUCCUCUGCGAAGGCCUCGAAAGCGCGAAGUCCUUCCUCGACCUCUACCUCUGGUUGCCUCCUAAAUCCGAAAUGUCACUCACGAACUCGGAAUGGAUACAGCUCUCCUUCGGCGUAACGCAAGCCGCAAAGUUCGCCAUCGUUAGCAAAGAGCCGAAUGUCGAGCCGCAAACGCGAGAGCUACGGCAUCGUCUAAAUAUUGACCAUGUCUUUCGGCACUUGAGCCUGCGGAUCGGCGCUCUCGUAGGUCGGGCCAGCGAGGGGAAUAAGCAGAAGGACAUCUUCUACUACUACGAACAGAGAGUUAGGAAGAUCCAGAAUUGGUUCGAAAAGAUGACGAGGGCGAUCGGAAGGGAGAGUCCGGAGUCGCAGCAACGAAUUCCCCGGGCACCAGCGGUCUCGAACCAAGGGCUUCCGUCCUCCAAUACACCCCCUACUUCAGCCUCCGCUCCUGCGGUCCCUCAGGUCCCUGUCUCUGCGACCUUCAAGCAUCAGCAGCCACAGCCGCUUCCGUAUCCGAAUGUGCCAUUGCCAAUACCAGGCGAUAUGCUCCAGCCACAAGCAACCACAAUGGGCAUGGCACCGAUAAAUUCGUACUCUUCAUACAGCCCUAUACCUACGAUAGCCUACGAUGAUUUGAUGAGCGCGCCGGGGUGGGAUACAUUGUUUACUGUUCCCAUGGAGGAUACAGCUUGGCUAGUCGAUGUGUCGCAGGGCUACAAUGGGAUGAAUAUGGCGAGUCCGCCGAGUGAUCCGGGAUGGGGAGAUGCUGGAAGCUAUGACGGUGGGGCGCUGCAAUGAUAACCGGGUGUGGUGUUUUUGUAUGGCAUGCUAGUAGUGAUGGCGAGGUCGGAUCGUGUGUCUGAUGGCACCUAGAAUAGAGAAGAUCUCAGCACUUACAAAGAGACACGCAGCUACUUAUACUCCCAUACGCUCGCUCUUUCCUUGGCGUUGGGCACAGGCACUCCGUAUUUAUUCGCUCUAUCUGGAAACACUGGGCGCACCUCAAUUGGGUGGCUUCAUCCAAACAGGAAACCCGUCGGUCGGACACGGAUGCGCUACGCCCGUCCCCGUAUAUACAUGACGUCUCAGUAGUAAAGAAGCUUCUUAGUAGUAAAUACUAAGAGUCUAUAAUAGAG